CGCAAAUAGACGUCUCUGCUGGUGUGCAACAUGAAUUUGGCAAGACGAUAGGCUAUGGAAACGUUUCAGUUAAAACUUCACCACUGAUAGACAGUUGGCAGGUUAUUUGAUGGUGAUACCUAGCAUUUUCUUCGGUUUUAAGUUUGCUUCACUUCUUUUCUCUAGUCAAAAUUAACCAAGCCGUUGUGUCUCUACCCAAGCACUGCCAGGAUGCAAAGAGUUAAAUAAACCUCAUAUCGCAAUGCAUUCUGGGAUCGUGGAUGAUCUGCAAUGGCGGCUAAAUGGGGAGAGUUUAAACUUAGCGUUUUCAUCUCGUUAUGUACAGUAGUCUUUCCACAUAUUUGGACGGAUGCCACAGCAAUAAAGUGGGAUGAAAAUGGAUACAUUCUGUAUUGUCCAUGCAUGGGCCGAUUCGGCAAUCAGGCGGACCACUUUCUAGGGUCGUUGGCCUUUGCUAAACUGCUGAAUCGAACGCUCGCGGUCCCCCCCUGGAUUGUUUACCGACAUCACGCGCCACCACACACUAACGUCCAUGUCCCAUACAGGGAGUUCUUCCAGCUGGAGCCUCUGAGUCAAUACCACAGAGUGGUGAGCCUGGAGGACUUCAUGGAGAAGCUGGCACCCAAACACUGGCCUCCGGGCCAAAGGAUGGCAUACUGCUUUGAAUCGGCUGCUCAAAGGAGCCCUGACCAGAAGACUUGCCCCAUGAAGGAUGGGAAUCCUUUCGGCCCAUUUUGGGAUCACAUUGGUGUAGAGUUUGACAAGUCUGUGCUAUUUGGUGGCCUGUCCUUCAGUGCUUAUUUUCAGCCUCAUUGGAUAAAAAGGUUCCCUCCUUCGGAGCACCCAGUGCUGGCCUUGCCUGGAGCUCCCGCCCAGUUCCCUGUCCUGGAGGAGCAUGUAGGCCUUCAGAAAUAUGUGGUGUGGUCAGACCGCCUGGUGCAGGAAGGAGAGGGGCUCAUGUCUGCUCACCUAACCAGACCCUAUGUGGGCGUUCACCUCAGGAUUGGCUCUGACUGGCAAAAUGCCUGCAAGCUGCUGCAGAACGGAGAAGCUGGACCACACUUCAUGGCUUCUCCACAGUGUGUGGGUUACGACCGGCAGACCGCUCUGCCCCUCACUAUGCCCAUGUGUCUGCCGGACCUGGCAGAGAUCCGACGAGCUCUCAAACUCUGGGUCAAGAAGACCUCUGCUCGGUCCAUCUACAUAGCAACCGACAGCGAGUCCUACAGUUCAGAGAUCCAGAAAACCUUCAAGGCCAAUGUAAAGGUAGUCAGUCUGCGUCCAGACACAGCACAAGUAGACCUCUACAUCCUGAGUCAAGCAGACCACUUCAUUGGAAACUGUGUGUCCUCGUUCUCUGCCUUUGUGAAACGAGACAGGGAUAUCCAUGGUCGCCCUUCCUCAUUUUUUGGCAUGGACUACCCAGAGAGAAGAAGAAAGAAUGAUGAAUUGUGAAUAUUUCCAAAAGCAAAAAAGAUAGGCCUGCAUACCAUAUGAAGAAUGCCAGGGUGGGUUAUUUAGCUAUAAUUCUUAGGUAUAACAAGAUAAUGGACUUGAUUGCCAUUUAUAUAUUUUUUUUAUUAUGUUCAAAGUUAGGAAGAAUGUGAAAAGGGAGGAUCGAUAACCAGCAAACACUGUUUUCCCCUCUCAACAGCAUGUUAGGUGUCCUCUUAAUCAAAUUUUUGCACAGUCAGGAUCUUUGCACGCAGUUCAUCUCAGUAUUUAUCUCCAGCUCAGCUGCCAUUCUCUCAUGUUCCCUUUAGUAUGGCUAUCUAGGUUGUUCACUGUUAACUGCAGACUGUCUGAGCUACAGAUUUGCGCAGCACAGUAUUUUCAUAUGAUUCUAUUGAACCUGACGCAUUGUGUUUGUAUGUUUGUUUGUUAUGGUUACUACUCUGUUUGUUGUCAAUUAUGUUUAUCCUGGGAGCCUAAUAUGGUGGAAAACAACCCUUUGAUGGGAAGGCCAUGGAUGGGGGUGUUUAGGGGGUUGGGUGAAGUUAUGAGGGAUGCACUUGACUUUCUCCUUAGCAGUGGAAACUGAGCCACUGGGGAGAGGGGUAACUGAUCCUGCAAACCCUAAUUAUAGAGCUUGAUGCUGCUGCUGUUGGUCUUUGCCAUUUUGCCCAGGGAGCUGUAAAGAAUAAGCCUGUUCAUCAGUGAUGAACCGUACUUUCAUAUCACAUAUUGGUCUUACGUGGAAAUUAAUUUUACCUGUUUCAUGUGUUAGUCUCACAGCAACAAGGGAGUGACUGUUUUACAAUUCCUUUUCGAAUAAGCUCAUAAUUUGUAUGUUUAACUCUGUGUAAUGCAGUUGUUCUCAAACACCAUCUUAUGUUUUGUUACAUCAAUUAUGGACCAAAGAAAUCUCUCCGUUGAUGAUGGGAUUUUUUUUUUUUUUAAUACAGUUUAACAUUUUUUUUUUUUUUUUUUUUUAAAGAAAUGCAGUCAUUCAGUGUCAGAUCUGUAUCAUCUAGCCUGGCUUAAUCAUAGCCAAUUUACUGUUAUCCAUUCCUUAAUUUGUAACGUUUCUGUUGACAUUCAUUACAAAUGAAACACUCUCCCCUUCUAAUAAGACAUAUUACCUGA